CCAACCUUGUAGCGUCGUCGUAAGCCAAAAAAAGGACGUUUAGUUUUAUAAGUGACGGCUAAAUAGAUGUAUAAUACUAAUAAUCUGCUGCUUCUUCAUCUUCCUCGUCCGAUUCUUCCUUCUUUCACCACCACCAGUACUUAUCGAGCCUGCAAGAAGAUCGUUUCGAAAAGAAUGAGUACGAAUCCUGCAGUGGAGCCUAAAGUUCGCAAAUUCGAAUCUGUUGAAGAAGGAGGAGCUGAUUUGAAGUCAGUAAGCAAAACUGAUGGUGGUAUCAGAUUCCGUCUCGUUUCCUAUAACAUAUUAGCUCAGGUUUAUGUGAAGAGCUCCCUUCUCCCACACUCCCCACCUGCCUGCCUCAAAUGGAAAGCCCGUUCACAGGCAAUUCUCGGCGUGCUCAAAAAACUCGAAGCUGACUUCUUCUGUUUACAGGAAGUAGAUGAGUACGAUAGCUUUUACAGGAAAAACAUGGACUCUCUGGGCUAUUCUGGGAUUUAUAUUCAGAGAAGCGGACAGAGGAAGCGUGACGGUUGUGCAAUCUUCUACAAGCCUAGCUGUGCAGAGUUAGUCGCCAAAGAACGGAUAGAAUAUAAUGAUCUUUUGGACUCAGUAAAGGCAGACAGUGUUUCCCGCAGUGAACAGGAUGAGAAAGCGAAAGAUUCUGGAAAAGACAGCCGUGACCUUAGUGAUCCACUAGUGAGACUAAAACGUGAUUGUGUUGGAAUGAUGGCUGCGUUUAGGAUCAACGAGCCGUUUCAUCACAUCGUCAUCGUGGCAAACACACAUCUUUACUGGGACCCGGAGCUGGCUGAUGUGAAGCUUGCACAAGCCAAGUAUCUACUUUCACGACUAGCUCAGUUCAAGAAACUAAUAUCAAAUGAAUUCGAGUGCACACCUUCCUUGUUACUAUCUGGUGACUUCAAUUCAAUUCCUGGGGAUAAGGUGUAUAGUUAUCUAGUAUCUGGUAACGGUAAACCUGCAGAGACCAUAGAAGAAGCACCAGUGCCUCUGUGUAGUGCCUAUGAAGUGACAAGAGGAGAGCCUAAGUUCACUAACUGCACUCCUGGCUUCACAAACACACUUGACUACAUCUUCUUCUCUCCUUCAGGCUUCAUCAAACCAGUGAGUAUCCUCCAGCUACCUGAACCGGAAUCUCCAGAUGUUGUCGGUUUCUUACCAAAUAAUCAUCACCCGAGUGAUCAUUUGCCGAUAGGAGCUGAGUUUGAGAUCAGUCGGGAAUAGAGAAUUUUGUUCUUGGGAAAGUUUUGUUGCAUUACUUCAUUGUUUCACCAUGAAAACUAUACAAAGUAUUGAAGGACUUGUGUUAGUCUCAAUAAAGUGAAAACUACUUUUUCGUAGGUUUUAAUUGAUUUAUAAAGAAUGUUUGAAUU